GCCUACAUGGUGCGACACGCCAUGACAGUUCCGUAAUGAAACAUUAUUAAAGUUAUAUGGGUUUUUAGACGGCUCCCUAGUAACAUAAUUACGGAUAAAACUCAAAAAUAGGAUAAAAUAAACUGGGAAGAAAACAUUUGAAACAUUUUCUUGAAGAAAGGUAGGUCAUUUGUAUAUAAAUUUAAUGUUGGUUUAUUAAAUAUAUACCAUAGUAUUAAUGGCUUAUAUUCCAAUUUGAACAGUUACUUAAAAAGAUUUGUCUUCUUGCACAGACUUGAUGAACUCGGAAAAUCAUCGUUCUAUAUCAAACGUUGCUUCAAUAUAGCCAUAGGAAUAGUGCAAUUAUGAAUAUCUUAUUUAUAAAAUUGUUAAUUCUGUUUAGCAUUGUACAUCGGGCAGACCAGGAAGAAUGCAUUAAAAAGAAUGGAGGAAGAGAAUAUGUGAUAAUGUUUAAUAGUAUGGGGUCACAAACCAAUCCAGUUGAACUAGCGGGGCAAGAGUUAACUGUUGUCAAUUUUAAAUCAAGCUUGCAGCGCGUUCAAAUCGCUAAUUCUCCACUUUUGAAUACACAAAUUAAUAAAGAUGCGAUUGUAUCUAAUACGUUCUCUAGCAAUAUAACAAUUGAUGAAAAUAUAAGAGGGGACGUUGACGAAUCAUCAAAUCAUGUUACGGACAACAAGGCUGUUAUCGUACAAGGAACAACUACGUCAGUAGAUAAUUAUAUGGUCUUUGGUUUGAAUUUUGCCGAUAGAAACUGUGAAGGUUUUCAAGCCAUUCCAGCUUCAGCGUUAGGCAACUUUUAUAUGGCUUUCGGUUGGUUGCCUGACGGUGAUGGUAGAUUUGAAAUAGGGUUAGCUGCAAUUGAAGAUAACACAUUAAUUUUCCUCGAAUUUCAAAAUGAAACUGGUAUCGAAUUAACAAUUGACGGAACGUUAAUUAGUGAUAAAACCGUGCUGGAUAAGACCUUGCAAUUGAAUAAAUUUCAAACAGCUAGAAUAAUGUCUUCAAGUGAUUUAUCAGGAACAAGAAUGUUCUCUGAAAAGAAAUUUGCCGUCUUCAGCGGGAACGAUGAUGUUUUGGUCGGCAAUACUUUUGACUAUUUUGGACAUUUAGUAGAACAAAUUCCACCACAAGAAGCUUGGGGUGAAGUCUUCAUCUACGCAGUUCCAAAACCGGUUACGGCAAGUCCUAUUCUCAAAUUCUUGGUUGAGUAUAACAAUACAUGGGUAAACAUCACUGGAAAAGAGUCAAUUCUCGUUGAACGAGCUGGUGGUAGAACAGAUCAAAAUAUAGAAAGUUUAAAAGUACCCAUAGGCACUGGCACAAUCAUUAGAGCAAGUGACAUUAGUCUUGGAGGUGUAUUUUAUCAAUCUGGAAGUUUCGAUUUGGAUGAAGAACAUGGAUUGGACCCAGCUUUUAGUAUUUUGCCACCAGUUAGACAAUAUCGAUCAAAAUAUGUAUUUUCACCUCACUUGCAUGAACACUUCAAAUCCUAUGCUACAAUUUGGAUACCUACAAAUCAGAUAAGUUCUAUAAGAUUGGAUGGAACGACACCAAGCUAUAUGGAUACAUGGACAAAGAUAGAUGAUUCCGAAGGAGAAUAUGAUUAUUCAUUUAACACUAUAGAAUUAACACCUGAAGCUCAUACUCUUGAAUCUACUACCAACACGAAUUUUGGAGCUUUGUUGUUAGGAACAUACUACGAUGUGGAUUCUGAAGAAUCGUGUACAUACGCUUACCCCAUUGGGCAAUGUUAUAACCAUGAAAAUGAAACAAUACAAUUUGACGUAACUUUGCCAACUCUACCACCUUUACCAGUGCAAUCCACUACAAAAGGAACAACAGCUCCAAUCCAAACAACAACUCCGGUCACCACUAAAAAAACUACAAGUUUAGAUACUUCAACUGAUAUGAGUAGUACAGCUAUGCUUAGUACAACCGAACAAUUGUCAACUAGCGUAGAAACAACUAGUGGAGUAGAUAGUACGACAAGUAUGGAAACAACAAGUGAGUUAGAUAGUACCACAAACAUGGAAACAACUAGUAUGAUAGAUAGUACAACAGUAAUAGAAACAACCAGUGCACCAGAUAGUACAACAGGAAUAGAAACAACAAGCGUACCAGAUAGUACAACAGAUAUGGAAACAACUAGUGGACUAGAUAGUACCACAGGUAUGGAAACAACAAGUGGAUUAGAUAGUACCACAGGCAUGGAAACGACAAGUGAACUAGAUAGCACGACAGGAAUGGAAACAACAAGCGCACCAGACAGUACGACAGGAAUGGAAACAACAAGUGGAUUAGAUAGUACCACAGGCAUGGAAACGACAAGUGAACUAGAUAGCACGACAGGAAUGGAAACAACAAGCGCACCAGACAGUACGACAGGAAUGGAAACAACCUCUGAUUCAGGUAGCACUGUGGGUGCUGAAUCGACAACUUCAGAUGAGACUACAUCGGCAAUGAUGACCACCUUAGGGGGUAGUUCGAAAACAGGAACAACUGAAGAGCAAACGACUACAGAUUUAGCAUCGGAGGCUUCUACUGACGGAGCAUCAACUGACCUCGGAACAGGAACCACUGAAGGACAAUCAACUGUAUCAAUGGGUAGUAGUUCACAGUUCACCACUGAAGGAGAUAGUACAACGGGGGUAGAGUCAACAUCAGCGUUAGACACUUCAACUGUAGAUAUUACAAGCACAUCAGAUAUGAGUACUGGAUCGUUAGGCACCACCCCUUCUCUUCCUACCAUAGCUGCCGAUAAAGCAACAACAGGACAAACAACUGACGAUGGAACAGGAACGACUGAAGCCGUUACAUCAGGCUCCAUGGGUAGCACUGAAAGUGCUGGAACUACUGAAGCCAUUUCAAAAGGUUCCAUGGGUAGUACUGAAAGUGCUGGAACUACUGAAGCUGUUACAGAAGGUUCCAUGGGUAGUACUGAAAGUGCUGGAACUACUGAAGCCGUUUCAGAAGGUUCCAUGGGUAGUACACAAAGUGCUGGAACUACUGAAGCUGUUACAGAAGGUUCCAUGGGUAGUACUGAAAGUGCUGGAACGACUGAAGCCGUUUCAGAAGGUUCAAUGGGUAGUACACAAAGUGCUGGAACAACUGAAGCCGUUUCAGAAGGUUCCAUGGGUAGUACACAAAGUGCUGGAACAACUGAAGCCGUUUCAGAAGGUUCCAUGGGUAGUACACAAAGUGCUGGAACUACUGAAACUGUCACAGAAGGUUCAAUGGGUAGUACACAAAGUGCUGGAACAACUGAUGCUGCCACAACAAGUACUAUGGAAGACAUGUCAACAACUUUAGGAAUCACUUGUGCAAGUUCUUCUUGCAAAAAUAUAACGAUUGUGUCAACCGAUGUUCAGUAUGAAAUAUCGGGAUAUUUUGAAUAUGUAAAUGAUAGGCAUAGCAGACCCUAUUAUGAAAAUAAGGAGGAAAGUUUGUUUUUGUAUUACGCUUGGGAUAAUAGUGCUUGCGGAAAAUGGCUAAUGGGUCCUACAUUAGGCAGUUUUUCAGCAAUCAUAACUUCGGAUGAAAAAGCUGUUUCGCCUAUAGAUGUGAACAAUUGGAAUGUAGUGUCAAAUGACGGUACAAAAUUCGAAUCUACAAACGCCAUAACACUAAUUUGUACAGACUAAUUUUUUCUAUGACAAUUGAAUUUUCUUCCAUCUUAUUUUUUAUAAUUUCGUAAAAGUUGUUGAUUUUACCAAUUUUUACGUUUUAAAAUGUUUAUUUCAUAAAAAUCUUUUUUUUAUAUAUAGUAAAUCUGCAAUGAUUUAUCUAAAGUGUUUUUAUCCUUAAAAAUCUUGAAAAAAAAUCAACAAUCUGUACAGUUAAGGCUGAAAAACAAAGAGUAAAAAAUGUAUUUAUUGUUUAUAUAAAUUUAUACAUAUAUUACAU